GAGUUCCGAGUUUGCAAGAAUUGGACACCCCCUUCAUCAUUUGACAGACAGCUCCCCCCCUAUAUAGAGAGAGAGGUAUCAGCUCUGCUGUUCAAACAUGCAGAAUACUUGUCAAGGAUUGGUUCUUUGUCCCUUCUUUUGAUUGAUCAUCAUCACUGGAGUUUGAAGGGCUUGUCUGAUAAACACAGCAUUUGUGUCUGUGUCCGAAAUUAGAUAUUUUUGCUGUAUUGUUUGAUGUGAUACAAAUGGAAAGGUAUGAGAUUUUGAAAGAUAUAGGGUCUGGGAAUUUUGGUGUGGCGAAGCUUGUGAGGGAUAAAUGGACUGGUGAGCUGUAUGCAGUCAAGUACAUUGAGAGGGGCAAAAAGAUUGAUGAGCAUGUGCAGAGGGAAAUCAUGAACCAUAGGUCUUUGAGGCAUCCUAAUAUUAUCAGAUUCAAGGAGGUCUUGCUUACCCCGACGCAUCUAGCCAUUGUAAUGGAGUAUGCAGCAGGAGGAGAGCUCUUUGAACGGAUAUGCAAUGCUGGGCGAUUUAGCGAAGACGAGGCAAGGUUCUUCUUUCAACAGCUGAUAUCGGGAGUCAGUUACUGCCACUCCAUGCAAAUUUGCCACAGAGAUCUAAAGCUCGAGAACACAUUGUUGGACGGGAGCUCAGCGCCCCGCCUUAAAAUAUGCGACUUUGGUUAUUCUAAGUCAUCGGUAUUACAUUCUCAACCGAAAUCAACUGUUGGGACGCCUGCGUAUAUUGCACCUGAAGUCUUGUCUAGGAAAGAGUAUGACGGCAAGAUUGCCGAUGUUUGGUCUUGUGGGGUUACGUUAUACGUGAUGUUAGUUGGUGCUUAUCCCUUUGAAGAUCCUGACGAUCCAAGAAACUUCAAGAAAACCAUUAAUAGAAUACUCAGCGUUCACUAUUCGAUCCCCGACUAUGUCAGAGUUUCCAAGGACUGCAAACAUCUGCUGUCUCGAAUCUUUGUUGCCGACCCGGAAAAGAGAAUAACAAUCCCAGAGAUUAAGAAGCACCCUUGGUUUCUCAAAAACCUCCCCGUCGAGUUCAUGGAAGGCGAGGAAGCUAGUUUGCAAGCAAAAACCGACGACGACUAUCCAUCUCAAAGCAUCGAAGAAGCACUGGCAAUAAUCCAAGAGGCAAGAAAACCGUCAGACGACACGAAGACGGGCGGCCAGCUCUUAGAAGGAAGCAUGGACCUUGACGAUGAGAUCGACACGGACGCGGACAUAGACGACAUAGAGACGAGCGGAGAUUUCGUCUGUGCACUAUGAGCCCCAUUCUGGGCGCGGAGCCUUAAACUGUCCGAUCAUUUAGUCAACACCCAGAGGCAUUUCCGUCAUUCUGAACGGUCCGGGCGUGGUUCCCACAUCGUGCACAUCCCUUUUGUACAGAAUGCCUUCUUGUGAUCAUCUCUCUAAUCAAGAUUCACUUAUUCAAACCAUGGAUUUGGUGGGGUUUAAUUGUCAUUUGGGAAAAGAUGCGGGCUUUUCUUAAAAUAAAAAAGCACCCCUCAUCAAUGGAGGCCACAUACUUAUCCAUCACAACUGAAAAUUAAUGCUUUUUUUUCAAAGUCUAAUCUCAAGUCUUUAUCAGUUUGUUAGUUUAAUAAUGUGAUUGUGAUGUGAACAUGCUAAUAUAUUUUUACUCCUUUUUUGAAGUGAAAAAGAGUGGUUUAGGACAACUUACCACAUAGUCCAA